AUGCCCAUGUCUUCUCCAGCCAAAUUAGCCACAGUGGCCGCUACUGCUGCCGCUGUUGCUGCCGUUGCGGUUCAUGCUUACCACAUGUACAUAGGAGAGAAGCAUGCUCCCCAAGAACAGCCAAAAAAGAAGGAGUCCAGUGAAGAGCUUAUUCGCGAGCAGUUGGCCCGGAAUUACGCUUUUCUCGGCGAAGAGGGCAUGGCAAAAGUAAGAGCGCAGCGCGUUGUGGUUGUUGGAUGUGGUGGUGUUGGCCUGUGGGUUGUGACGCUGUUGGUGCGUUCAGGUGUGGGUGCGCUUCGUAUUGUGGAUUUUGACCAGGUGUCUCUCUCCUCGCUCAAUCGUCACGCCGUGGCCACGUUGGCAGACGUUGGAACACCCAAAGUAGAGUGUAUGAGACAGCAUAUGGCACGUGUGGCUCCGUGGGUUGAGAUCGAUGCCAGAAACCUGCUUUGGGACCGCAAACUGGGUGAAGAGUUGAUUUUGGGCGGCGGCUUCGAGCCAACGAUUGUCGUGGACUGUAUCGACAACAUCGACACGAAGGUAGACUUGUUGACUUUCUGCCAUGAGCACGGCCUCCGUGUUGUCUCUUCUGGUGGUGCUGCGUGCAAAUCUGACCCAACUAGACUCAAUGUGGCUGACAUUACCCAGACAGAAGAGGAUCCAUUGGCACGGGCUGUGCGUAUUCGCUUGGGUAAGCGGGGUGUUCGUGGUGUUCCUGUUGUUUUUAGUGCAGAGAAGCCGGAUCCUAGAAAGGCCAGCCUUUUGCCCUUGCCAGAACAAGAGGUGGAGCGUGGUGACGUGAACCAGUUGGCUGCCCUUCAAGCGUUCCGCGUGCGUAUAUUGCCUGUCUUGGGUACCAUGCCUGGUAUGUUCGGUCUUGCAUUAGCUACACAUAUCCUUACUACUGUGGCAGGCUAUCCUACUGAGUAUGUUGAAGGCAAGAACCGUAUGAAGGUUUAUGACGGUGUGUUGCAAAGUUUGGCAGCCCAAGAAGCACGUCUUGGACGCACUGAUCAGCGUACACCAGUCGCCAUGGCAGAUAUACCCUACAUUGUGGAGGAAGUUUUCCGCGGCAAGUCGGUUGUAUCAGGCUUCUCAACCCGUUUGGCGCUCACACGGUGGGACCCAUCAAAGGAGCUCAGCAUGCAAAAUGUUGUCUUGGUGACAAAAGAAGAACAGCGCCGACACGAAGAACGUGUUUUGCAGGGUGGAGAGCCUUUGGAGUUGGUGUAUGGUAAGGAAGUGUUGGAGAAAGUAGCGCACCGUUUUGCCCAGGAGAAGUACUAUUCGACAUUCCGUUGA